UACAUUAAUAAAAUUAUCAUAUAAAAUCUAUUUAUUUAUUGCAUUUGCAUCAAUUUAUAUUUACUCUCUUAAAAAUCUCUUUUUUUCUCUUUUUGCUUAAGCAACUGUUAACAUGUAAAAGGUAAUAGUAUGGAGAAAAUUAGGUAAUGUUUUAAAAUUUUAAGAUCUAUAGAAAGUUUUUCAAUAGUGUUUUUAAUUUAGGUGAAAAACAGCUUAAAAUAUCCUUCAUAAUAUUCACUUCUUUUAUGUAUUUUGCUGUUAUUCAUUAUUAUUAAAAAAUUAAUAAUUUAAUAUGAUGAAGAAUCUUUAUUAAUGAGAUCAAAUUAUCUUAAGAAUUUUUCAGUAUUUAUAAUACCCGAUUAAAACUCUGAAAGAAUAUUGAACAAUGUUAUUGCUCAUUCAAUAUAUUNUUCUAAUAAAUUGGCAGAUACCAAAGUUAAAGUUGCAUUGAAUAGAUAUGGAACAUGGAAGGCAUUAAAUACAGUAGCAGCUAAUAAACAUUCUGUUGUUAUAGCAUAUACGAAUAACUAAAAAGUUGUUGUUGGUGUUUAUCCAUUAUCUGAAAGUACUGUAUCUGUAAUAACUGGUUCCUUUUCAUUUACUUAGGCUGAAAAAUCCAAAAUAGAACCAACAGAUUUCCCACUUUAUUUACAAGUAAAAAAUAUAUAUUUAUAUUUUAGGAUUAUACUUUAAUAUCUAGUCAUGUAAGUAAAGGAUUAUAUCAAUAUGCAAUUGGAUAAGAUAUCAAUAUUAUAUUUGGAGAAAGUGCCAAACUUGAAAAUUAGACUUUGACUUUAACCUUUUCAAAUGAUUACUAAUCUGUCUCCAAAUAAAUUAAAUUAAAUAUUAAGCCUGACGAUGGAGGCGACGACGAUGGAGAUUCAAGUUCUAAUACUUGGUGGAUUAUACUUAUUUUUGUUGGAGGCAUUGUUGUUCUAAGUUUGUUAGGAUUUAUCUUUUAUAAAAAAAGAAAGGAAGAAGAUGAAGAUAAAGAAGAUUAAGAUACUGGAUAUGUUCCUGUAAAUUGAG